AUGACCGCGGAGUGUCCCACAACCGCGUGGCCAAAGGGCCUUUCCAUGUUGAUGCUAUGCCUGGGACUUUUCGGCCAGGCUCUCCUGGGCCAGGCAGAGACAGGAAGCUGCUCGGACUCUGGAUCCUGUCCAGUCAACGAUGGCACCCCCGCUUUGGCUAAGACCCUGCUGGCCGUGAAGGCUGAGACUGCCCGCAGCGCGACGGAGGUGAUCGACAUCCCAAUGGACAUGACCGAGGGUGCGAACCUGAGCAGGAACAGCAGCUUGGAGAACAUCAUCAUGGACAAUCUGGAGCAUGACCUCGGGGAGGCCAAGUCCUUUCCUGAUCUGGACAAUGUCACCAACGACACACAAGGGCGACACGGCCUUGGACAGCUGGGUGCCAACUUAGAGUUCAUGAUGCUCAAGCUGGCACAGCUCGAAACGAUUGUGGAACUUCAGCAGGUGGAGAUCAACGAGUUGAGGGGCUGCAGCUGUGUGAAAAAGAAUGAGACCAUGGCAAGCACUGUUGAGAUGAAAGCGAAGGAGGAAUCGAAGGCUCGGCAGGCACAGGAGGUUUUAAAGAAAGUCUUGCACAAGCACAACCAUCAGCGAGAGAAGCGCGAGUUUGUGACGCCGGCCUCCAAAGCCGCAGCGCCCGCCGCGGCUGCAAGCCCAUCGGCUCCGGUCAGCAAGACAGGAAAUGCCGGAGACGUGGGGGAAGCGCUCGUCCAGCGCCACAAGCACAGGAAGCAGAAGGCGAACUCUAGUGAUGACUCCCUGGACGAUGCUGUCACCGCCAAAUGGGCCGACCCAAUCGUGGAUGUAGCCGAAGAUGUCGGAGGAUCCGUUGGCGAUGCUCUAGGUGACGCCUACGAAGCCGCUGCGGAUCAGGUGUCCUUCGUAGCGAACACAGUGAUUGAUUCCGUUGAGAUGGCCGUGGACAUCUUAGUCCGCGGGUUUACGGAUUGGAACGCCGGCUGCGACGAGAGCAGCUGGCCCUCCAUGCGGAUUGAUGCGAGGGGUCUCAAUGUCAACUGGGGGAGGCAGAAGUGCUGGGUCCGGCUCAUGGGCCAGACAUGUAACCUCUUCGACUUCAACUUUGGCGUCACCGACCUAAGCUGGCCCGAGCCAAUCAAAACCGUCGCCGAGUUUGGCAUUUCCGCUGUCAAGGCACUUUUCACAAUGGGCAAGGAGCUCGUUAGCUGUGCGACGAUCGACUCGCCCCUGCAGGUCCUGACCUGCUUCGGGAACAAGAUCAUCGAGAACGUGCCGCCGCUAAACUUCCUGAGCCGCAUCAGCGACGUGCUCACAGAGUUCAUCUUGAUCUUCGCAAAAGUCGCCUCGGCAGUGGUGAGGAAGGUCCUGGAAGAGGGUCAAUCCUUGGUUGAAGCGGCUGCGACAAGCACCGACUUCCCCAGCGCUGGCGCCCCUGCGAAGCUACAGCACACGAGCAAGAACCUCAUGAUCCAGAUCCACUCUCAGGUAGCCCCUGAGGCCCGCAGUGCCUCCGAGCUGCUGCAGGAUCAAGUUGGAGCCGACCCUGGGCCCAAGGAGGUGAUCAACUUCAAG